GCUCCUGUCUUCAGGGGAGCUACGUAGCUUGCCUUACUUGAUGGCUGAGAGCAAAGUGUGACUCUCUUUUAAGCACCAUAUAUGCUGAAGCUCUUGGGUGCUACAAGGCAUGGAUGGGAAAAAAUGCAGCGUAUGGAUGUUCUUACCUCUUGUCUUGACAUUGUUUACCUCAGCAGGACUGUGGAUUGUAUAUUUUAUAGCAGUAGAGGACAACAAAAUUCUUCCACUAAAUGUGCCAGACAGCAAACCAAGUUCUUUAAAGCCGCCAUAUAUAAGUAUUGCAGGUGAUGUCCCUCCUGCUAGCUGUGUAUUUAGCCAAGUCAUGAACAUGGCAGCAUUUCUAGCAUUGGUUGUGGCUGUCCUCCGCUUCAUUCAGCUAAAGCCAAAGGUUUUGACCCCGUGGCUCAAUGUCAGUGGCUUGGUGGCCUUAUGCUUGGCUUCUUUUGGAAUGACCCUACUGGGCAACUUCCAGCUUUCCAAUGAUGAAGAAAUACACAAUGUUGGCACAUUUUUGGCCUUUGGUUUCGGCACCCUGGCCUGUUGGAUUCAGUCCGCGCUAACCCUCAAAAUAAACUUGAAGAAUGAAGGUAGAAAAGCUGGAAUCCCACGCGUUGUCUUGUCGGCAGCGAUAACCCUCUGCCUAGUUCUUUAUUUCAUUUUGAUGAACGAAUUUAAGUUCCACAUGCAUGCAUCACGGGUACAGUGGGGAAUGGUGAUGUGCUUCUUAUGUUUCUUUGGCUCCUUCGCUGUGGAAUUCAGACACUACCGGUUCGAGAUCAUUUGCUCUGAGUACCAGGAGAAUUUCCUCAGCUUUUCUGAAAGUCUCUCUGAAGCUUCUGAGUAUCAAACGGAUCAGGUGUAGCCUAACCCAGGUUGACCGGGCGGAGGAUGCUUGCUGUCAAAUGGCCCCUUUUGUUGACUGUGUUUUAAUGUUUGUUGCUAAUUCAUCUCUGCAAUCGCCCAAGCUUUAUUCUGAAGAAAGAACAAGAUGCCUCUUUGCAUGGAUAUGCAAAAUGUUUCAAACUGAAUCGCUUUCCAUUUGAGCAUGAACGUCCUGCCUCAAAUGCAGAACGGCCAUGGUAAGCGCAAAGCGGGAUGCUCUCCAACAUCCUGCAAGUCUUCUGGGCUCAAGGCUGAGCGCUGCCGGCACAUUUUCCCCAAUGCUCAAAACGGCCCACUUCUUGCUUAGAAUUGUGGUUGUACGUUCAGGACAGGGUGCUUUGUACUCGAAAUGGCUGAGUUUGAAACAUUUUGCCCACACUACCUCUUUGCUCCGAGUUUUUGUUUUGUUUUUGCUUUAGGCAUUUUAUAACCCAGUAUGAGAUGCUGAGUCAUCAGGUUUACGUUUGUUCCCCAUAGUCCUCCUGUGAUCGGCUGGCAGAACUUAUGUUACAUAAAAGAGGUAGCAGAGAUCUAUGAACAACUGUCAUUCAUAUAUGUAUAUAUAUAUAUAUAUGAAUAUGUAUAUGUAUGUACGUGUGGUUGCACCUUGAGUGACUAUGAAAGAUGAAUAGGGUCUUGUUACCUGCAAUAAAUUUUAGACCACGAUCAUACAGUAACCAUGAUCUGUGGACGUAUCAGCAGGGCAUCCACUAGGUGGAGGUGGUGUGUCCAAAUUUGCAAGAUGAUGUGUGCUGCAUGUUGCAAUGGAAGCUCUAUCUUGUGUGUACAUGCACACAUCACACCUGUUUACAGAGGACAGGGCUAUGAUUGUGAUACUACAUCCACUGUCUUGUAGAUUUGGAGGACCUCUGGCAGAUGCCACUACGUAUAAGGCAGUGUUGUCCAAACUUGGCCACUUUAA